AUGCUCGACUACCCAUUAACACAUCCGACCACUUCCGGGUCCCGUUACUCUCCAAUUCUUGCCACCUCAUCUGGCUCAACGUCUGGAUCGAAUUCUGACGAGGACACUCUAGAAAAAGGUCAAAAAGAUAACUAUCGAUUGAUUCGAAAACGAAUCAGCGAAGAGGACGAAGAAAACUAUCCAGAAGGUGUGGAAAACAGCAAUACAGUACUACUAAUGGCUGAUACGGUUACUGUAAGUGUUUUCUACAUCUAUAAAAAGUUUAAAAAAAGAAAUAAAAACCAAAUCGAGCGACUUGGAGUCCAACCAGGGAGUCACAGAUCCAAAAGCAACGCGCUUGCCGACUGCGCCACAGCCCAACACGUCAGAGCAGGAGGUGGAGGGCUUAUAGAAGAGUGGUGGUGGUGGGUGCAUGAGAGAGGAAAAGGGAGAUGGCGCGUGUGGCCAAGAAUAGAAUAA